GAAGCAUAUGUUGCCAGCCUGAUCAGGUUUUAUCAAGCAAGUGUUUGACUUUAGCGUGUGUGUCUGUGGUAGCAGGUGUAGUUUGCUAGCAGCCAGGCUAGCUUUAGACACUUUGCUAACACUUCAGCAACGAUGGCUUUUGGGUCCAGCCUCGUGUUCCUCCUCUUGUCAGUGUGGUCAACUGCAAAAUGUGACCAGAUUCCCAGUGAAGUUCGUAUGGAGUGUCAUGAUCGUUACUUCCUGAUAGCUGCUGAUCUCUCAUUCACUGGAAAAGAAGCUCACUUUGAGGCUGUUGAUGGAACAGGUGUUUACCCAAUCACAAAGCCGUAUGCUGCUGUGUGUGGAUACUCUGUCAGUCAUCUCCCUCUUAAAGGCAGUAUGGAGCUCCGAGCCUCCUACUUCAGCUGUCACAGUGCCAACAAAGAUGAUGCAUUUUUCACAUUCACCUUCAACCUGGUCGUGAGCCGUGAAGGAGGGGCGGUCACCUACACUUUGAAUGAGACCUGUUCUCCCACUCUGCCCUGGUCUCCCAGAGAGGUCACCUGUGAGGCCAACUACCUAGAGGUGUCUGUGAGGAGUGACGUGGUGUGUCCAACUGGGACAAAGGGAGACGAUUGGAAUGCUGCUGUCCAAACUGCAUAUGGUUCAGCCACCUCAGACUGGCAGGUGAUGUUUCAUGAAGCAGAAGAGCAGCUGAAAGCGAUGGAACUGUCUGAAGCUCGCACACAGGGCUAUUUGUUUGACCUGACCACAGGACGCCUUGUAAUGCGCACACCGUAUGGACAACCGCAUUCAUUUAACAAGGAGGUGAACGGUGUUCCAGUAGAGGUUGUCCAUGCAACUCUGUUCUCCAGACAAAGCUGGGUUGUCCUCAUGGUCCACCUUGAGGCUGCUUGCUCCAUUUCUGAAGGAUCAUACGAUGAUGCUGGAUACAUGGUGUGGGAGACUUCUGAGGCGUUGAACCCGCUGGUGUCUGGUCUGACCAACACACAGGUCAACGUCGGUAUCGGUGGUGAACUUUUGGAGCAGUCGGUGGCAGAGGAGCAAGGCUUCAUUGUGGAGAAGCACAACGGCUCGGUAGAGAUCAGCAUCCCCUAUAACGCUGAAGGAGGAUACAGGAAGAGCUUUGUGUCUGGGGAUCUCUACGAGUACUACAUCUUUCAUCUCCAUUUGGAGCAAAUCGCAGGGGAUGAGGACCAUAUUGACACCAGACUUCGCUCACACAGGACACUCGUAACUCCUCUUCUGCCACGUCCUGUAUUUACAGAGAACCGAACCAUCCAUGAGGAGCGAGUUUUCACAAUCUACCUGGGAGAUGUUCCUGAGGAUGUCGAGCUCUCUGCUGUUCAGCUAAAUGAACACGCACAUAUAUUCACAAAUGAGAGUGACCGCAGCAUCACAAAGGUUGUUCAUCCCAACAACACCCAUGGCUACACUCUGAAGGUGCCUUUCGAUGACCCUGCUGUCAUUAAGAAGUUCUCUAAAGAAGAUGAAGCUAUGAAGCACAGACUGGAAGUCAACUACACACUGACCGUUCUGCCUGAGAAUGAGCCGUUUUUCCACCUGACCUCAGUCAUGGCACUAUCGGACAUAACUCCUCCAGAGUUUGAAGCAGUCUGUUCCGAGUCUGGAAUCAGCUUCAAACUGGACCACCGGCCUUUCGACUACCUGUGGAACAUCCAUAUCGGUUCUGAACUGCUGACGCCAGAACUGGCAACCCAGCAGGGCUACAUCCUGACCAACAAUAGCCAGAGUCUGCUGCUCGAGGUCCCCCUCUUCACUCCUGGAUACGUGUAUGGGGACGUUGCUCUGAAGGGAUUCCUUGGCACUUUUGAAAUCCUCAUUCAAUAUCAAGGAACAUCAGAGGUCCAGGGCUCAACUGUGAAGACGUGUCCAUUCACUACUGCCGAGUUCAUUUCGUGUUCCACUGAUGGGAAGAUGACUGUGGUGGCUGACCUGUCUCUGGCCGUCUCAAGUGGAGGAAUCCCUUCUAGGUCCAACCUCCUGAGCAUGCAGUGUCGACCCAAAGAAGCAGGCGACACCAGGGCUAUGUUCUCUUUCAUUCUCAACAGCUGUGGCUCCAUAAUAAAGCUCGGUAAGGAAUAUGUGACGUACGAAAACGAGAUUUCCUUCAGCAGGAUGUUCAAUUUUCAGAAAAAUCCAUCAGAUUCCAGCAAUGAGAUUGACCGGGUAAUGGUGCAGUGUACGUAUCCCCUGGCUGGGCUCCACCGUCUCUUCUCCUUUUAUAAGUUUGAAUCUGACGCAGCGGGUGUCGGCAGCAUUGUUCAUUCUUCACACUCAACUGAAGUUCUACAAAAACCUGCAAUGGUGUUCAACACGGUGCUUCAAACUCCAGUGCCUUCAACCAGACGUACCAGACCUGUUUUGGUGAAGCCUGGUCACUACCCCAGAGUGCCGACACGUUUACAGCAUCUCAAUUCAAUCACCAGGACUGACGGAUUUUCACAGGUCAAAGUCAAUCUGGGUCUAUUUUAGAUUGGCUUGACUUUUAAAUGCAAUUGUUAAUAAAAUAGU